GCGUCACUUCCGACUCGUGUCGUCAUCAGCACGCGUCUCUUCGCGAGGCCCAUCGUCGCUCGGGACUGGACCACCUGUAAGAAAAAACAUGGCUCCAUCUCCUACCAAGCGAAAGGAAGAGGAGAAAACUAAAGACCGAGCCAAGGAAAAAUCUGCCGCCAAGGACGGUGAAAAGGACCGGGGACGGGAGAAAGCCAGGAAGCGCCGCAGCGCGUCCACUGGGAGCAGCAGCAGGUCCCGAUCGAGCUCCUCUUCCAGCAGCAGCUCCGGUUCCAGCUCGGGCUCGUCCAGCGGCUCCAGCUCGUCGGGGAGCAGCCACUCGGGCUCCUCCAGUUCGCGCUCCUCCUCCUCCUCCAGCUCCUCGGGCUCGCCCAGCCCCAGCCGCCGGCGCCACGACAACCGCCGCCGCUCCCGCUCGCCGUCCAAAACGCAGAAGAGGGGAGAAGAAAAGGAUAAGGAAAAAGAUAAGGAGAGGAGGAAAAGAACACCCAGCCCCAAACCAACCAAGGUUCACUUGGGGCGGCUGACCAGGAAUGUCACCAAGGACCACAUACAGGAGAUCUUUGCCACCUAUGGCAAAAUCAAGUCUGUGGAGAUGCCGAUGGAGAGGCAGGUCCCGCACAUGUCGAAGGGCUUUGCUUACGUGGAAUACGAGAGCCCAGAAGAGGCCCAGAAGGCCCUGAAGUACAUGGAUGGCGGUCAGAUUGAUGGACAGGAGAUCACGGCGGCUGCCGUGCUGCCCCAGAGGGUCCGUCCUCCGCCUCGUCGCCUUUCUCCCCCUCGCAGAAUGCCCCCACCGCCACCCAUGUGGCGACGCAGCCCGCCCCGCAUGAGGAGAAGGUCCCGCUCCCCAAGGAGGCGCUCGCCAGUCCGCCGCCGCUCUCGCUCCAGAUCUCCCGGCCGCAGGCGUCACCGCUCUCGUUCCAGCUCGAACUCGUCCCGAUGAAAACGUUUUCGGCUUUGAGCGCAAUUCCAAUUCAAUUACUUUUCAUGAUUACAAAUUUACAAAAAACAAAGUUGAAAAAACAUUUUUCCCUCGUAGGAUAUUGAUUUUUUUUUUUUUUUUUUUGUAUUGGUUUGAUUUAGAUGAGCCUGAGCUGAGUUAGUGACCCGUUUUAACUGUGUUGAAGAGAGUUGGAAAAAUAAAACUUGUGAAACAUUA